UACCGUCAACCCACACCAUGACGGCUGCCACCGGUCCUUCAACCCGUCAGAAUGGCGGAGCUAUACGCUCGUCCUUGGCUUGCCUCCCCUGCCGCUCACGCCAUCUCAGAUGCGACGGGAAGCAACCGCGGUGCGACCGAUGCGCCAAUGCCGCGACGGAAUGCCACUAUGCCCCUUCACGCCGAGGCGGCCUCGAUCGUGCGGCGCUGGCAGAGCGGCGCAAACGUCUCGCGGCCGCGGCAGCAAGCCACGGUGCCUCGGUCGAUGGAUCCGGACCCGGACCACAGUCGCAGAUGAGCAUCGGGUCGUCUCGGGAACCCGGAUGCCGGCUUGGUAGCGAAGGUCUUCCCCACAGUACCAGUGCAGUCGAAGAAGCCAUCUGUCUCGGGGACCUUGACUGUUCUCCAAAGGCACCAAGUAUUCCACAGUUUCAGUCGGAAAAUAUCGGGACUGACGUCUUGGUCGACUCGUAUUACAACUCUUUUCACACGUUCCAUCCGUUUCUCGUACCGCGGAGACACUUUGUGAAAAUGUGUCAAGAGCCGAGUCGUCAAGUCAGUCUCGAGCCUCUCAUUGCCGUCAUGCGCCUUGUUGGGAGCAUCUAUGCUGCCCAGGAAUUGUCCGCUCCUCUCAAAGAGCACGUCGAGACCCGCUUCUCCGAGGCAAGCCCGGAAGAUCCAACUAUGGUGCAGUCUCGACUGCUGUACUCAGUGGCGCUGUUCUGGCACAGCUUCAAGGCCGAGGCAAAGCACCAGAUGGAUCUCGCCGUUCGUCUAGCGCUUGACCUGGGAAUGUUCCAACAAGAGUUCGCAAGAACUCACGGCGCCGAUGAUCCCGUCCUGACUGAAAGUUGGAGGCGGACGUGGUGGGAGCUGUACAUCAUCGAUGCAUACUACGCCGGGACUUUGGGGACCAUGAACUUUGCGGUCGUGGAUGUCGAGGCGACUGUCGAGUUGCCCUGUGAAGAGUCGGAAUAUGAGUCGGGCCAAAUUCCAACCCCAAAGACACUGGACGAUUUUGACUGUCGCGAGUUCUCUUCGGGGGACGCCUCGUUCUCCUCCUUCGCCUACCUCAUCAGCGCUGUUAGGUGCGCAGCGUCGGCGAUUUCCACGGCGCCCAAGAUCGCAAGCAGAGAAGACUCGACGCACAUCAUCCAGAGUGCCGACUCUGUCAUUGAUGGUUGGUCGCUUCUGCUACCCAAAGACCGCAAGCAGGUCAUGACCAAGGCCGGGCAUAUUGACGAGCUCAUGUUCCAGGCGCACUUGCUCAUAAAUGUGGCAACCAUUGGGUUACACAGACCAUUCUCAGACCUCAGAUUCAAUCCUGUGGAGGACAUCUCCAGCUGCGCGAGAGAGCCACCGCUGGAGAUUGCCAAACCGGAACUUGUCAACGUCCACACCAUCCGGGUCUUGCGGUCCGUGGAGGCUCAGAUUCGCCUGAUGGCCCUGCCGGUCCGGCCCUUCCACCACACCCCGUUCGUUACCUGCAUGAUCAGCGAGGGCACGCUUGCGUUGCUAUCUGCGUGCAAUUUCCUGCUCAGGGGAAAGGAGCUGAACAUCGCGCGUGACCAGAUUCGGAUGAUGAUCGGCUGUCUCAAGACGUUGGGGGAGACUUGGCCGAGAACAGAGAGAAAUGUGCACGAGAUCCAGACGGUUGCUCGGCAUGUAUUGAAGCUGGGGUCUAACGUGACAGAUGGCAGCAGUAGCGGUACAAGGUCUAGUCGUGUGCCGAGUCUGUCUGCUGUCGAGAGAAGUUCCGACUCUCAGACUGGACCAGUGACCGACGAUAACGAUGUUUUCCCCUCCUUGGGCUCGAUGGAAGAUGUUUGCGGUUGGUACAACCUCGAUGAUCUUGGCCCGCAAUUUGCGGAAUGGAUCGGCAAUGAGUAGCAACGACCGUUUUAUGGAAGCAUACUUCAUGAAAUGAAGGUUCUUACACCAAUGUAAUUGAGUCAAUAUUAAUUAUAACUGCCAAUUUUUAAGAGAUUUUU